AGCCAGCCCAUUUAAAACGAUUAUGUUCGCUAUGGUAGGUAUACCAUACCAGUAAGUUCGAUAACCAAUAAGUCAAAGACCCACCAGAACAAACGGGUUUCUCUUCCAAGUCCGAAUCCAGUCUUUCCAUGGCGUCUUUCUUUGCAUUCCUCCUCCUCCUCAUUGCCUCCACGGCUCCUUCGGUCCGCGGUGGUGAAAAUCUCACAGCAUACGAAGUUCUCCAACAAUACGACUUCCCGAUCGGUCUCCUGCCAAGCGGAGUGACUGGUUACGAACUAGACUCCUCUACGGGUAAAUUCUCGGCUUACUUGAAUGGUACUUGUAAGUUCGCAAUCGAAUCGUAUGAGCUCGAGUACAAGUCCACCAUUACUGGUAUCAUAACGAAGGACAAGAUCUCUAGUCUAAAAGGCAUCGAAGUCAAGGUGCUGGUUCUAUGGCUGAACAUCGUAGAAGUGAUUCGUGAUGGCGACGAACUCCAGUUCUCUGUCGGAAUUGCUUCUGCGAAUUUUCCGGUGAGUAAUUUCGCCGAAUGUCCUUCUUGUGGGUGUGGAUUCGAUUGUGUCAAUGAGACUGAGAAGAUGAUUAAGCUUAAUCGUUUGGUAUCUUCUGCUUAAUCACUUGUAUUGAAACAAUUAAACAAAUAGCCAGAGUCAGUAUGUAAUCUGCGUUUCUUUUGCAGUACAAUCGUUCGUCUUCUUCCUUUUCAAUUCCGUUAUGAAUGUAGUACAUUUGCUUCGCUUGCAUAAUCAACAAUGCAAGACUGGUCAGACUAUCUGUCGGUCAAUUUGUACGAUUCUCACACUUCUUGGUUGGAAUUUAUGGUGGAUCUUGAUUUCUAGCUA